AUGAAUGGCCACACGUCCGUGCCUUCACGGCUCUAUCAGGCCGAGUCAGUCCAGCUCGACGACUUCAAGCAGAUCUGCUCGCGCACCAUUGAAACAUUUACCUACCCACUGGCCUGUGCCGUGGAGCGCAACGUCCCCAUCUAUGACCUCGCCGUACUCGAGGCGCGGUCGAUGACAGCCGAGACCCCCUCCCUCCUGCAGGAUGAAUGGCAUCACAUCCUGCACAUCGGUCCCGGCAUAUUUGUCCUCAACAUCCUGUCCGCCACCAAUUCAGCCUUCGACCGAAUCAUCGCCAAGGAGCGUGCCUACAACAUAUCGAAAGGCGACCACUUCGCCGCGGGCGGCAUCAAUGACCGAAUCUGGAACGCUUUCCAGAAACACGGCGAAGAAGACCUCGCCUCUUUCCUCGCCUACUACUCCAACCCAUGGCUAGCUACCGUCUGCAACGCUUGGCUCAGCCCAGAUUACCGCAUCACGGCACAAUUCCUGACACUGCAGGGGGCCGUCGCACACACCGGCAUGCCUGCUGAUAGUGGUCCAACCCGCUUCUUACCAUUCAGCCAGACUUACGCACCAGGAUAUCUCGCCUGGCGAAGACCCGAUUUCCGCGCCUUCUUCCAAGAGAACUACGUCGCGCUCCCACUCAACCUAGGAGACGGCAUCUUCUUUUCCACGCCGCAGGCGCAAAUACCAUGUCCCCAUCGAACGGCUUUCGCCGCGUCGCAAACCUCCUACAAAUAA